AUGAAUGGUAUUGUUGAGCUGGCCGACAGGACGCGGGAUGAGGAGGUCAUAGCAAUGGAGGCGCUCAAGUCUCUCUCAGAGAGCCAAAGAAUAAAGCCAUCAAUGUUGGAUCCAACGAUUUCCUUAUCAAUGCAACGCCAGACGGAGCUACCGGGGCGCUUCAGUCGGAUGCACUCUGAGUUACCACAGCAAGCUGGCUAUACCAAACAACUCGGUCUUCGAGGCGUCUGGACGAUAAGCCUUGGUACGUUCACUUCCGAAGAGGAAGCCGCUCGCUUGUAUGACAAGGCGGCCCUCCGGAUUCGAGGGGCAGCGGCAGCGUUGAAUUUCCCGCCGUCCGAUUACCUGCUGCCUGAUGGAGCUUUGGCUCUGGACCUGCAGGUUGAAGCUCUUCUCCUGGAAUCGUUCCUUGGGCGAAAUUUUAACGAAGAGGAUCACCAGCAGCAGCAGCUUCCGACAGGAGGAAGCGGUAACAGCGGCGAUGAAACGCCGCUCGUAUUGAUGUCGCAUAUUGAGUUUAGGGCUGUCGCGUUGUGCAAACAUGGACGGGUGGGCAUAUCUGGUGGGAGGGGCAAAGAUCGUGCCGAGUUACAAGAAGCUGCGGAAGCGCUAGGAGCCGGCUACCUUCGGCUCAUGGGCCUUAUAACCGAUGCCGGUCAGAUUCUGGCUGCGUCAGGCGGCGGCGGGGCCGGCGGGGGCUCUUCCGGCGCCGCUGCCGCUGCCGCCGUAACUAGACAGACGCAGGGGGAUGGCGGCGGCGGCGGUAGCAGCGAUGUCGGUGGGGAUGAAGCUGCGGUCGUGAAUUCCGAUUGCGUCGGAGAGCGCGUGGGAAGCCGUCUCUCCCCCAGCAGUCAACAGCACCAACCACCGCAGCCACCGCUGCAGCAGCAAGGAAAUCAUUGGCAGGGGAUGGCGCGCAGCGGGACAGCGCCUUCUGCUACUUCAGGGGGCCCGGCCGGAACGAGCGGCAUCGCAGUGGUCGACCAGGGCCAGGGCCAGGGCCAGCCAGCGCGUAUUACAACCCAAGGCAGGCAGCAGCAGCAGCAGCAGCAGCACCACCCAUAUUACCCUCAACCUCUCGCGCAUGACCGCGCACACCAUUACUACCCAGUGCACAAGCGGCAGCGGCACCCCCAAGGACCUCCUCUUCCCCAGCAACAGCAGCAGCAGCCAUCGCAGCACGUGCAGACGACGCAGCUAAUUAAGACGGAUCCCGCAGUCAGGUCCGCAUUAGCAUUAGCAGUACCGCUGAACACAAAGUCGGACGCUCAGCUGCAGCAGCGCCAGCUGCAGCAGCAGCAGCAGCAGCGGGACGCAAUGAUGGAGGAGAAUGGCGCAGGAUCACCGCAGGAUCGCGCGAGAGUGCCUCGGAGCCAGCAAGAGUCACCGGCUCUUGGCGGGCCCGCUGGCGAUGCCGCUGAUGCUGCAGCGGCCGCAACCCGCGGCGGCGCCGGCGCCGGCGGCGGCCGGGAUGCAUUACCGGGCGCCAGUUCGCCAGGGGGUCCGGCGGCGGCGACGGCGGAGAAGAAGGCUGCGCAGGCUGCUGCCGCCGCCGCCGCUGCCGCCACCGUUCCUCUCCAGCUACAGCCAGAGCUUAUGUCUGGCGUAUGUCACGUCCUGUACUCUAACAUGCAGAAGAUCCAACAAUCGCAGGCGCGCCAGCUACAGACGGAGGGAGCGCGGCCUGCGGCGGCGCCGCCUGUCGUACAGGCUGUAGGGCAGUUGGCGGCGACCGGCAUCCCGGCAACGGUGCUGUUGCAGGCUGCGGAAGUGUUGCUUCGGACGGGUGGCGUAUCGUUGAAGGAUUUCGAGGCUGUAGAGGCGGCGAUGGCGACUUGGGCCGCGGAGCGAAGGCCGGCAGCGGCUGGUCACGGAGGCUUGGCGGCGGCGGCAGCGGCCGCAGAGGGACCGCAGGCGGCGGCGGCCUUGGCGCGAAGCGGCGGUCAGGCACACCAUCCGCAGCAGCAGUACUACCAGCAACAGAGGCACGUACAGAGGGAGCCAUCCACGGACUCUGGCGGCGCGCGUGUUGCUGCCGGCGGGAGCGCUGCCGUACAGGGCAUUGCGCGCGUUGGUAGCGGCAGCAGCGGAGGCCAGAAGCGCAAGUCCGCAGAUACCGCAACGGGGGCAGCCGCCGACGCCGACGCUCCGCCAGUGCCGGCCUCCGGCGGCGGCAGCAGCGCUGUCGAGCAGCGAAUGUCGGCGGGUGAUAUGUACGGCAAUGAAGAUAUGCCGCCGACGGCGAAACGCCAGCACCGCCAGCAGCGGAUGCCAGCGGAUUCAGCCGUCGUCGUCACCUCUGCGCCUGUGCAGUUCCUAGCGGGUGCCGCUGGACGGGCUGCGGGGAGGGUGGCGGGCCCGGGGGAUGCAGCGGCGACAGCGACGGUUUCUGACGUGAAUGCCUCCGUCGCCAUGGCGGCGGCAGCCGCCGCCGCCAGCGCAGCGGGUGGGGUGCCCAUUGGCGUCCCCACAUCGCCGCAUGAGCAGGCCAAGGCUGCUGCGGCAGUUGCCGCCGCGACGGCGGCGCUAUCGACGCCCAUCGGGGCGCUACCGGCGGCGCCGGUGUCGAUGCGGUCACAGCUUGUGGUGACGCCGACCGCAUCUGCGGAGCGGAUAUCACCGUCCUCGGCGGAGGCGGUACUCCAGCAUUCUGCCGCCGCCGCCGCCGCCGUCGCCGCCGCGGCUAAUGCGGGCCGGGCUGGCGAUGCCGGAGGCGGCGUGGCGGUACGACAACAAAUAGGCCUUGGCAGGCGCCUAUUUAACGCCAUUGCGAGUCAAUUGCCGCAAGGCGCGGAACUGGACUGCCUUCUGCCACCCAAGUACGGCUAUGUUGGCGUACUGUACAGCAUCCACGGCAGCACAAGCGCGGGCGCGGCGUUGUGGGACGGCGGCGAGGUGCAUAACUUGGGUUUGUACAGCAGCGACCGUGACGCGAGACAGGCUGUAGCAAGCAGCUCGAGCAUGGCAAACCGCGUAGCGGCGCCGUCAGCAGCUGCAGCGGCUACGGCACCGCUUCUGCUGUCAGUCGCGGCGACGCCGGCGCCGUCAGCGGCCCGGCAGCUAUCGACGGUGCCCGUCACAGGCGGUGGGGGGAGCCUGGUGGUGGGCAAGCCGUCUGUCGUUACGACGGGCGCUGGUGCAUUACCGCACCCGCUGCCGACUGUGGGCUCUGCGCCGGAGGUUGGAAGCACGAGGGCAACCGCUGCGGCCGCGACGGCGGCGGGGCGUGCCUCCGCCACGCUCCAACCAUACCACGGCGGCGGCGGUAGCGGCGGCUCGCGCAAAACGGCUGGCGGUGGCAGCAGGGGCGGCGGUAGCAGCGGCUCUGCCGCCGCCGUGCCUGCGCAGACAGGGAUAUUGGAGGAGGAGGAUGGGUUGGUGGUGGGGGGUGGGGGUGGUGGAGGUGGUGGUGGUGGUGGUGGUGGUGGUGGUCGUGGUGGACCAUACCUCGUAGGAGCCCCAGAAAUUGCCGGCGACGGCAGUUUGCAGCUUGUAUGUCAGUUGGUCGUACAACAGGACGAGCCUUUGUCAUCUGACGACCUGAACAACGUUAUUGCGCAAAAGUUCACCGCGGCAAAUCUGCAGAACCUACUUGACUUAGCGGGUGCGAAUCCGCUGCUGGCGGCAGCUAUUACGGCAACUGCCGCACGAGACCUGCACCAGCAGCCGCCGCCACAGGCGACGGCACCGCCGCAGCAGCGCAGCAGCAUCAACAGCCGCCGUCGCAACAGCUUACAGCGUGCGUGGUCCCUUGCAGCUACUGCCGUCGACGACGUCGCAGCAACUGCCUACGUUGAACCAGCAGCAACAGACACAGCACCAGCGGGAUCCGGUGGCGGCGGUGGUGGUGGUGAUGGCCUGCUGCUGCCUCAACGAGGCUUCCGAUUGCAACAACUGACGCCGGCGGAGGCGGCUGUCGUACUUGCCGAGUACGAAAGGGAAGGAUCUCGCGACAACGGGGUCAGUGAUGAGGCAUGGCCGCAGCCUAAUGACCAAGCGGCGGCGGCGCUGCCGCGGCAGGCGGUGGCGGCAGCUGCUGCGGUAGCGGCGGCGGCGCCGCCGCCACAGCCGCAGCCGCCACGUCGAUCACGGCGGCCGGAGAAGAGCGGCGGCAGCGGCGAUCUCUCCCCCGUCGGAGGCGCAGGUAACGGAGGAGACGAUGAUGGCGGCGGCAGCGCCGACAGUGCUCCAUCCUUGUCCCAACGGUACGGCAACAACACACCGUCAUCCGUACGGGUUCUGUUGCACAACGCCAGUACGGCAGCGCAGGGCGCACCUGCUGGCGCGUGGGCGCUUCUUGCAGGGCCCGUCUCAGAUCCGGUGUCGGCUGGCACGGGUACGGCAGUGCUACCACGUCGAGAAAUGACUGCCGCCGCCGCCGCCGCCGCGACUGGUACCGUGUCGCGUUUCCCACGCUGUUCAAACGACUCCCGUGAUGAAGGAAGCCUCUCGAUGGGACGCGUUGCCGGCGGCGGUGGCGGCGGCGGCGACGGCGGCAACGCCAACGUCGACGAGGAAGAGGUAGAGGAGGAGGAGGAGGACUUGAAGCAGGAGGUAGUAGUAGUAGGUGGUGAUGGUGAUGGCGAUGGCAGCGGCGGCGACGUCAGCUGGGAGAACCGCCGGCGGCAGCUGUUAUCCGAUUCGGAUCCUGCUACUGCCGUUGCUGCUGCGGCGGCGGAUCCGGAUCCAGAGGUAGGACCAGAGUCACAGCUGCAGAUGGAUAGUAAGAGCGCGGCACGUCAGGGGAGCGACCCUGGCGAGAUGGCUGCGGUCACAGCGAAGUCCGGAUCAACAUCCUCGGCUGCCGCCGAGGCGGCUGCCGCCGCCGCUGCCGCCGCCGCCGCCGCGCAACGAGCUGUCUCCAAGGUCCCCGACACGGGCUCGGUCGCGUCAUUACGGCGUGAGGAAGUCCCCUUUGUUGCCGCUGACACCUCGGGAUCUGCUCCUGCCCAAGUUCCUGGAAGGUCUGGCACGUCGUCCCCUCCUGACCCACGUUUUGAACAGCAGUAA